AUGCGCAGGCUGCCCAGCCGCGGGGGCUGCGCGGAGAAAAGGGGCGGGGUGGUCGGAGCUGCUGUGCUGGCAGCAGUAGGCGAGGGCGAGGCUGCGGGGUUCCUGGUGCUGAGGACGGACGCCAUUGGAGCCCCAGGGGAGGGCUCUGUCCCUGAAAGAAUCUACCCCAACAGACCCCCCCCCUCCACCCAGCCUUGUACUGCCUGCAUGGCUGAGGGAAGCUACCGCAUGGAAUCGGACAGCUACAACGUUGAAGACAUGGAUGAGGGUAGCGAUGAAGUCAGGGAGGAAGAGAUGGUUGAAGGAAACGACUAUGAAGAAUUUGGUGCUUUUGGAGGCUACGGCACCCUCACCAGCUUUGACAUCCGAAUUCUCAGAGCCUUUGGGAGCUUGGGUCCAGGCCUUCGCAUCUUAUCGAAUGAGCCCUGGGAACUGGAAAACCCUAUGCUGGCCCGGACUCUGAUGGAGGCAUUUCAGCUGGAUCCGGAAACACUUGCCAAUGAGGCGGCCGCCCGUGCUGCCAAUGUAGCCCGCGCUGCCGCCUCCAACCGUGCCGCUCGGGCUGCUGCCGCUGCCGCCCGUGCCACCUACAAUCAGGUGGUCGCUAACCACUCGGUGGCCACAGACCAGGCUUCAGGAGAAGAUACUCGGCCCAUGACACACACGGCCGAGGCUCAGAGAGCCACCUCUGAGACAACCCUUGCUUCUCCACAGAGCUCCCAGAUGCUAGUCAACAGUGAGAUGGUCGCCCCCGGGGCUCCAGCAACCUCCGCACAGCCCCAGACAGCUUCUCAGGCCCAGGAGGCUGCUACUGAGGGCCCUAGUCCUGCCUGUGCUUUCUCUCAGGCUCCAUGUGCCAGUGAGAUGGAUGCCACCCGGCCCAAGACAGCCUUCCUGGGUCAGAACGAUGUCUUUGAUUUCACUCAGCCGGCAGGUGUCAGUGGCAUGGCCUUCCCACGCCCCAAGAGACCCACCCCGGCCCAGGAGGCUGCCACAGAGGGCCCCAGUGCUGCCUCCGGGGUGCCCCAGGCAGCAUCUGCCAGGGAGGGGUCAGCCACCCGGCCCAAGACAACCAAGUCUGGGAAGGCUCUCGCCAAGACUCGGUGGGUGGAGCCCCCGAAUGUUGUGGCAGCGCCUGCUGCCAAGGCCAAGAUGGCCAUGAGCAUCCCUCAGGAGCUUGAGGGUGCAGCUGCCACUGCUCAGCACAGUGCUGAGCCCUGGGCCAGGAUGGGAGGCAAGAGGACAAAGAAGUCCAAGCACCUGGAUGAUGAAUAUGAGAGCGGCGAGGAGGAGAGAGAGCCUCCUGCAGUCCCACCGACCUGGAGAGCAUCGCAGCCCCCACUGGCGGUGCAGGCUCAGAUGGCCCCUCGGCCCCCGAUGGCCCUGAGGUCCCAGGUACCCUCAAGGCACGUACUGUGCUUGCCACCCCGCAACGUGACCCUUCUGCAAGAGAGGGCAAAUAAAUUGGUGAAAUAUCUGAUGAUUAAAGACUACAAGAAGAUCCCCAUCAAGCGCUCAGACAUGCUGAAGGACGUCAUCCGAGAAUACGACGAACAUUUCCCUGAGAUCAUUGAACGAGCAACAUACACUCUGGAAAAGAAGUUUGGGAUCCACCUGAAGGAAAUUGACAAGGAAGAACACCUGUACAUUCUUGUCUGCACACGGGAUUCUUCAGCUCGCCUCCUGGGAAAGACCAAGGACACUCCCAGGCUGAGUCUCCUCUUGGUGAUUCUGGGAGUCAUCUUUAUGAAUGGCAACCGUGCCAGCGAGGCUGUCCUCUGGGAAGCACUACGCAAGAUGGGACUGCGCCCUGGGGUGAGGCACCCAUUCCUCGGCGAUCUGAGGAAGCUCAUUACAGAGGACUUUGUGAAACAGAAGUACCUGGAAUACAAGAAGAUCCCCAAUAGCAGCCCACCCGAGUAUGAAUUCCUGUGGGGCCUGCGAGCCCGCCACGAGACCAGCAAGAUGAGGGUGCUGAGAUUCAUCGCCCAGAAUCAGAACCGAGACCCCCGGGAAUGGAAAGCUCAUUUCUUAGAGGCUGUGGAUGAUGCUUUCAAGACGAUGGAUGUGGAUAUGGCUGAGGAACAUGCCAGGGCCCAGAUGAGGGCCCAGAUGAACAUCGGGGAUGAAGCUUUGAUUGGACGGUGGAGCUGGGACGACAUACAGGUGGAGCUCCUGACCUGGGAUGAGGACGGAGAUUUUGGUGACGCCUGGGCCAGGAUCCCCUUUGCUUUCUGGGCCAGAUACCAUCAGUACAUUCUAAAUAGCAGCCGUGCCAACAGGAGAGCCACUUGGAGAGCUGGCGUCAGCAGUGGCACCAAUGGUGGGGCCAGCACCAGCAUCCUAGAUGGCCCUAGCACCAGCUCCACCAUCCGGACCAGAAAUGCCGCCAGAACGAGUGCCAACUUCUUCUCCUGGAUCCAGCAACGCUGAUGAACUGCAGCCGUCACUCACCGAGCCAGAGUGCCUCCUCAGAUCCCUCCUUAAUGUAGCACUCUAGGCAGCUUCUACCUGCCCAUGGAAGAUGGCAUGCCAGAUGAAGCUCUCUUUGCUCUUCCUGCUUUCAUUGUGUACUUUUGUCGUGCUUUCAUGUUUUUGGUAUCAGUGUUACAUUAAAGUUGCAAAAUUAAUUGGGGCGUUUCCUCCUUUAUCUGUG